UUCAAGAGCGCGCAUACGCUGAGCGCGGGAAAGAUGACUCAGGAUACGGCUCCUAGUCUUCAGCCUCAAUCGAGUCUGGAGGACAAAUUUGCAGCCUUGGAGGCAAAAUUCGUCUCUCUAGAGAAGCGCUAUUGUGAAUUGCAAGAGGAAACUGUUUUGUUGCGUAAGGCUUCGGCUGGGAGAACCGGUGAAAAUGUGGGUGACACAACAUCAUCAAAAGCCAUUUCUAUGAAUGGAGUUGGAGACAAAGACACGGGCUCCAAAGACCCAGUUGGCAAUAGCGAUACAAAUCCAUCGCAAGAGGAGACAGGAGCAGGUCCCAAGUCUCGCGCGAGAAUUGUUAUCAAUAGGACCGACUCCGCAACGCACGAACGCAGAGACUUCCCUGCGGAAGAUCAGUCCACCAACGCUUCUGAGACUACAGACACCUCGUAUGCAUUCACUCUACGGAAAAUUGUUGGAGAUAGCGAAGAUGAUGAUGGAGAGAUUGACAUUGUCGACCAAAACCUGUGGGAACUAUUGAAAGGACUUCUUAGCCAUUACCCAUACCACACAUUCCGCGGCUCACCAAGCACCAUCGACUCACCUUACGAAGCCUUGGUCCUCAACUGGGACAAGCUAGAACAGGCCACCAAGAAAGAGUCUGGGAACGACGCCGACAGGCAAGCUCGAUCGGAUUUGAAACUUCUGCUUGACACGAUCACCAACUCAUCGGGUGAUGCAAAGCUGGAUAAGUAUUUCAAAACCCGAGAUUCACAUAGACAGCAAAACUGUGUCACGUUCGACAAUCUUUGGACGGUCUUCCCCCCUGGCGCCUUAGUCUAUGGCAGACCAUUCCAAGGCCAAGAUCAAGUCUUUGUGGUCCAAGAUAACAUGGGGGCAUGGCCGUAUUUUCGAGACUCUGUACCCCGCGAGCAGGCCACAUGGACUCUGCUGGCUUGGACCUACGAUUGGAAUGGAAGCAUGUUCAAGAGAAGCUCUUUGAGGCUAGAGUUUGAAUAUUUCGAUGGGACCAAGCCGAUUACCUCCUUGCCAUAUUACCCUUUUGAGCUCCAUGAGCAACAGGGGAAUGUGAGGGACAAUCUGAUCCAGCAGGGCAUCAAGUUUCGCAGCUUCUGCACGGCCACACAAGGGUCUCGGCUGUUCGAUUACAGAGGAGAUGCCCUGCUUGUCAAGAAAGGGUUCUCUGGAGUUCAAGCAGACGAUGAUUCGGAUGAUGACCCUCGACCAUUCCUUGACGCGGAACUGGAGUAUCUAAGGCGCAGGCGAAUUUCACGUUCGCAAAAGCAUGCUCCACAUCCUAAAUCUGCAAACGUGAGCAGUCGAGUCAUGGUUGACUUCGAAUCAUAUUUCGUGUUCGGUCCGUCCGUUGCACGUGUUGGAGCUCUCUGGCCAGACGAUGAUAGUCCUCAGUGCAAUUGCAAUGACUGCCGGGAGAACGAUCUUUUAAAUGAGAUCUUCCGAACCAAGUACGAUGAAGAAGCAUAUCAAAGAGGCAAAUGGGAGGAUGAACAGUAUAUGCUUUGCCCUCCUCGCGUGCUCGGAUACAUCUUAGGGGACAAGCAGUGGGCUCAGCUACAGGUCUCCCUCCUAGCAAAGAUCCCCGACAAAGACCCUGAUGAUGCUUGGUCUACAAGACUCAAGCUCGCUGACGACGGAAAAACCAAAAAGAUGAUUUUAGAUUUGGUGGAGGGCCACGGGAAGAGCGACUUAUCUGAGGACAACCGCCUCGAAGUCGACGACAUCAUCGCUAGAAAGGGGAAAGGAUUGGUGAUUCUCCUUUAUGGGCCGCCCGGUGUUGGCAAGACUUCCACUGCCGAGACGGUAGCGCUGGCAGCUAGGAAGCCUCUAUUUGCUAUUAGCGUUGCAGACGUGGGCACAAAAGCAAAGAAUGUUGAGUCCAACCUGAAGAAGAUCUUCGACUUGGCUACCUCGUGGCAAUCUAUCCUUCUCAUCGAUGAGGCCGACGUGUUUUUGGAGAGUAGAGGACAGGGUGUCGCUGCUAACACAGAAAGGAACGCAUUAGUAUCGGUCUUUCUUCGUGUGCUCGAGUACUAUCAGGGAAUUCUCAUGCUUACGACAAACCAAAUCGCCAAAUUUGACGUCGCCGUCCAAUCCCGCAUCCACGUCGCUUUCAAAUACGUCAGUCUGAAUGAGGACCAGACAAUGGGAAUCUUUGGGGGUUUCUUGGGACCACUGGCCAAGAAAGGUCUCGUCAAAGAUUGGGAUGACAUCAAGGAAUGGCUACUCGAAGAUGUGGUCAAGAUGGGCUUCGACGGUCGCCAGAUACGAAACAUUGUAACCAGCGCGCUAGGAUUGGCCCGCGCCCAAGGCAAGAGCAGAUUGGAAAAGACCCAUAUCAAACUAGUCCUCAACAACGUCAAGGACUUCAAAGACGAGUUCAUCAAGCAGUUCGAGAAGUACAAGACAGAACAGGCGGGGGGGAGGGAUGCACUUAUCUGAGCAAACUGCUAUGUCCGAGCCACGAAAGCGAAGGUAAAAGUUUGUGGAUGAUAGAUUGGCAGGCUGUAUGCGUAAAUACUAAUGCUGAAGUUCGAUUAUUGUAGGGAG